GUCUGUGGCGCAUCACGUGAUAUCACUUGUGGCUUAGCCUAAAACCUUGUCGCGCAUCAGGCAUCAUCCAUAAAACCCCGACACUCUGCUCGGAACAUCCCCAUCGCCGCUCAACUCGAGUGAAACAUCACACUUAGGCUAACUCGGAAGCCCUGCCAGGUGAUUCCAGCUUUGAGGAUCCCAGAACUCACGCGACGGCAUAGACACUAUGGCUACUCUCGAUGUGGAGGCGCUCCUUGACGCCACGGCGAAGGAUACCGAGCAGAAGAUCAAGAGUCCCACCGAUGAUCAAACGAAAGACGACAAGUCCGACCGACGGGACAAGGACCGAGAACGUGACCGCGGUCGAGAUCGCGACCACGACCGUCGACGCCGUGACCGCCGAGAGACCAGCCAAACCCGAAGCCGACGAGGCACACCCGAUGUAGGAACUCCUCGAAGCGACGCUGGCAGCCACAGAAGUAGAAGGAGAAGCAGAAGCCGCGAUGACGAGCGCCGUCACUCACGUCGAAACAGAGACGGCGAUUAUUACAGAGGCGGACGUCGGCGUUCGAGAUCCCGAUCUCGGUCGCCGCACGGCCACUACCGCCCUCGGGAGGACCGCGACCACCGCGACCGACGAGAUCGCCCGGACCGCCGCCCCCGCGAAUAUGGCCGCGGCCGGGAUGAGGAUCGCCGAGAUCCAAAGCGUGAGGCCACACCCCAGCUUACUGAAGACGAACGGGAUCGUCGCACUGUGUUUGUCCAGCAACUUGCAGCGCGCUUGCGAACUCGCGAGCUGAAGGAGUUCUUCGAGAAGGUCGGCCCCGUCAACGAGGCUCAGAUCGUGAAGGACCGUAUCAGUCAGAGAUCCAAGGGAGUUGGUUACGUCGAGUUCAAGAACGAAGAAUCCGUUACCCAGGCCCUUCAACUCACUGGACAGAAACUCCUAGGUAUUCCUGUCAUUGUUCAGGUGACAGAGGCAGAGAAAAACCGACAGGCACGCAACCCAGAGGCUGCUGGGCCUCACCCCAACUCCAUCCCAUUCCAUCGCCUUUACGUUGGCAACAUUCAUUUCAACGUCACCGAGCAGGACCUGCAAGCCGUGUUCGAGCCCUUUGGCGAGCUCGAGUUUGUACAGCUGCAGAAGGACGAAAACAACCGAAGCCGCGGUUAUGGCUUUGUCCAGUUCCGUGAUGCAACCCAGGCACGAGAGGCGCUAGAGAAGAUGAAUGGCUUUGAUUUAGCCGGUCGUCCUAUCCGCGUCGGCCUUGGAAACGAUAAGUUCACCCCUGAGAGCACUGCCAACCUGUUGCAGAGAUUUUCCGGCCAGAACCAACAGUUCCAGGGCUCCGCCUUUUCUGGCUCUGGUGGACGUGGCCCUCAAUCCUCCGCCUUCGACCGGGCCGGAGGACGAGACAGUGAGAAGACUGGUGGCGCCAGCGCCCUUGAUGACACCGAUGUCGCUGGGGUCAACUUUAACAACUAUAGUCGCGAUGCAUUGAUGAGAAAACUUGCCAGGACCGACGAUAGCAACACCAAUGGCAAUGACGAGCGACAAGUCCUCAAACCCAAGACAGAGACCAAGCCGCUCCCCGUCAAUGUCAACAUGGCAAGCCGCUGUGUUGUGCUCCACAACAUGUUUGAACCCGAAGAGGAAGAAGGUGACGAAUGGGUUAAAGAGCUCGAGGAUGACGUUCGUCAAGAGGCCGAGACGAAGUAUGGACAUGUCGUCCAUAUUUCGGUCGACCCAAACUCUACGGGAGACAUCUAUCUCAAGUUUGACAAAGUCCAGGGCGGCGAAAAUGCUAUCAAGGGCCUCAACGGCCGAUACUUUGGAGGACGAAUGAUCGACGCGGCGCCUGUUGUAGAUGCCGUCUACAGCAGUUUGUUCUCUCGUACUCGGGCAAUCUAAGCUAAUGCUGGCUUGUCGACACUGCUAUUUAGGACCCUUCCAGGUUAGCAGUGUCUGUCCCAACUGGCGGAGGCGCCUGACUAAGACCGUGGUUCAACAGGCAUGAAGCCUUUGCUUCCUCCGAGAGUACGCAAUCUCUCAUCACGACUCACCAACAGAACCGACAAGACUCGGCCCUCAUCCCGCUACACGGAAACAGCCGAGCAUCCCCUUCUUAACCCUAGGUGUCGCAGGUUCACUCACCCGUCACACUGGACGCCGCACACGUAUACCUGGAUUCACCUUCGAACACUCAGGUCCAGCACUCGUUAAGUGCAAGUUCCCCCUGCUGAUAUAUGUACCAUAGGAUGGCCCUCCUCCCCUUCUGGGGAAAUAUGUGGCAAUAUCCCAUAGUUCUACCACUCUGUCUAGAUAGUCAUGUCACUUUGUGCAAAAUAGAUUGUGUUGAGCGAG